GAGUUUGACCAGACUUUGGACCCCAGAUUUUGGUCCAAGGAGAAACAGGCUGUUCAGAACGGUUGUAACUGCUCAAAAUGCAGACCCUGCAUGUGUUCUGUCUCUGGUGGAGCCUCAACUCCUGUCUCUCUGCCUCGGUGUUCGUGAGACGGGAUGUGGCCCACAGGGUCCUAACACGCACUAAACGUGCAAACUCAGGCUGGUUUGAGGAGCUGAAGAUUGGUAAUCUAGAGAGAGAAUGUCUGGAGGAGAAAUGCUCCUAUGAGGAGGCACGGGAGGUGUUUGAGCAUAAGGAGGUUACGGACGAGUUCUGGAAAACGUACAAUGUUCAGGACCACUGUCUCUCUAACCCCUGCAAGAACGACGGCAGCUGCACCAACGAAUCAGGGGCGUCCUACAUGUGCAUGUGUCCACCUGGGUUCAGUGGACGUAACUGCGAACUGGUCACUAAGGACGUCCCUGACUCUUGUCUCUAUGACAACGGGAAGUGUGAGCACUACUGCGAGGAAGAGGUGGGUAGACGUAACUGCUCGUGUGCGGAGGGGUAUUUCCUGGCCUCAGAUGGUCAAAGCUGCCUAACGCAUGAGACCAUUCCUUGUGGUAAAGUUCCUCUUCUGCAGAGUAAUCUCUCUCCGAGAGGGAAUCUACUGAAUCCCCGGGCUCGAAUAGUGGGUGGAGAACAAUGCCCCAAGGGUCACUGUCCCUGGCAGGUCUUGCUGAUGUAUAAUUCGAAAGGGAUCUGUGGAGGUGUAAUCUACAAGCCCACAUGGAUCCUCACUGCCUCCCACUGUCUGGAGAACUUACAAACACGGUUUCUCAAGGUCGUUGCAGGUGAGCAUGACCUUGACGAAAAAGAGGGCACGGAGCAGACAGUGGAGGUCGAGGAGAUGUUCAUGCACCCCAACUACGUCACAAAGACGGCAGACAACGACAUCGCCCUGUUGCGACUCCGUCGUCCGAUCACCCUCAGCCCGUACGCCGUGCCCGUGUGCCUGCCGCGCAAAGCCAUGGCCGAACGGGAGCUUUGGGCCGUGAACAUGCACACGGUGAGCGGGUGGGGCAGGAGGAGCGAGGGGGGUCCCACCGCACGGAUCCUUCGCCGGCUGCAGGUCCCCCGAAUCCGAACACAGGAAUGCGUGGAAAACAGCAAUGUCACACUGACCUCUAACAUGUUCUGUGCCGGAUACAUUGAGGGAAAGCAGGACUCGUGUAAAGGUGACAGCGGUGGACCACUGGUUACCCACUAUAGGAAGACCUGGUUCCUUUUGGGUAUCGUCAGCUGGGGAAAGGGAUGUGCUCGUCCAGGGAACUAUGGCAUAUACACGCGUGUGUCUAACUACCUUCAGUGGAUCCAAAAUGUUGUGUCGACGCCGGCUGUUAACCCCACAGUGACAUAGAUCAUACCAGCCCGCAACUGAACUGCCCUGUGUCACGUGACAAGACUGGUGAAAGAGUAAAAGCAGUGAGAAAAUGACUUGUCUAAAAAUCAGAAGGGAUAGAACAGUGUGCAUCACUGUAAAAUGUAUCUGUUAUGAUUUGUAUUUAUAUUUUUCGUGAUCAUUAUCAACAUCUUUGCUUCGUUUCGAUCUGAUUCCCCUUAUUUUCAAACGUUUGUCUGAUGGUUUGGACUGCCUUAGUAUUUCACUCUGGAAUAAAAGAUAGCUAAUGUAAACUGAA